AGCUCUUCCAGGACCUGAGCCGGUUCCAGGAGACCUGGCUGGCAGAAGCUCAGGUUCCAGACAGUGAUGAGCAAUUUGUGCCUGACUUUCAUUCAGAAAACUUAGCUUUUCACAGUUCUCCUGCUAAGAUUAAAAAGGAGCCGCAGAGUCCCUCCUCCGACCCCACACUGUCCUGCAACCAUAAGCAGCCAUUCCAGUACCACAAUGGAGAGCAGUGCCUUUACACCAGUGCCUAUGAUCAACCCAGACAAGUUGGAAUCAAGUCCCCCAGCCCAGGAACACCGAUACAGACACCGCUCCAACAGCUCCCUAGGCAGGAGAGAAUCUUCCUGACCCCUGUGGGGCCACCCCAGUCCACAUCCAGCUGCGGAUACCUCAACAAAAACAGCUCUGUGUACCAGCCACCUGUGGAGAUGUGCCGUUCCUUCCCCUCCUCCCAGGGCAUGGCCCAGGAAGACCCCAUUGCCUACCAGCGCCAGAUGCUGGAACCCCACCUCCAGUACCCUCAUCAGGGCUUCAAACAGGAGUACCAUGACCCACAGUAUGAGCAAGCAAGCCGGGCGGGCAGCAGCCAUCAGUACCCAGCAGCUGUGGUGAUCAAGCAGGAGCGGGUGGACUACGUGUACGACUCAGAAGUUCCUGGCUGUCCUUCCACGUACAUAAAUGCUGAGAGUUACUCAAGCCAUUCAAACACAGAAGAUAAAUUAGGCUGCAGCUAUGACAAGCAGAUGAGGUCCUUUACUGAUGAUGUCUGUGUUGUUCCAGAAAAAUUUGAAGCAGGAGACAUCAAACAGGAAGCUGGAGGUUACCGGGAAGGACCUCCAUACCAGAGACGUGGAUCUCUCCAGCUCUGGCAAUUUCUUGUGGCUUUAUUGGAUGAUCCGACAAAUUCCCACUUCAUUGCCUGGACUGGUAGAGGGAUGGAGUUCAAGCUCAUAGAGCCAGAAGAGGUAGCCAGGCUGUGGGGUAUCCAAAAGAACCGUCCAGCCAUGAACUACGACAAGCUGAGCCGAUCCCUUCGCUACUAUUAUGAGAAAGGCAUCAUGCAGAAGGUGGCUGGAGAGCGCUACGUGUACAAGUUUGUGUGUGAGCCUGAAGCCUUGUUCUCUCUGGCCUUCCCUGAUCACCAGCGGCCAACUCUAAAGGCAGAGUGUGACCGGCAGAUCAGUGAGGAGGACACAGUGCCUCUUUCUCACCUGGAUGAGAAUGUGACUUAUCUGCCAGACUUUGGGAGCCUCCCUCCACAGCUUUACAGCAAAGGCUACACAUACUAG